AUGUCUCUAUUUUGUAAACUACUCAUUAGCAUAGCUCUAGUUACAGUUGUCCUCUCAGUGAGUGUUUUUGCUGAUAACCAGACCGAAUUAGAGAAUCGCGACGCCUCACCGAAUAAGGUUCAGAUUUCUCACGAUAUCUUACCAUUUUCGGAUAAAGUUCCGCCGCUUCCAUGGCUUGGGCACUGGCUGUAUGGGGAUUUCCCUGAGGCAGAGGCGGUGUUCUUUCGCGAUGCGGACGAGCGGCACGCGGUUUGGACGCAAUGGCGGAAGGCAGCGUUGGAUUGGGAAUGGGAGAAGGGGAUGCAAAAGAGCUACGCACAGAAGGGCAUGGAUACCGUUGACCACGCCGCACCUCAGAUAGAUUUCUUUAAAAUCUCCGCAAUGAAGCAGCGCUACGCGGCCUAUAAUUCUUUACUUGCCGAUAGUCCCACUCCCGAUGAUGAAAAAGAAUUGGAACUGUUGAAGGCAGUGACACGCUUUGUAGAGGCGGUACAAAAUGUCAGCAUUUCAUUAUUGGAUGAGGAUCAUUUGCAGGGAUCCUCAGCGACGCACACUAUUCGAACCAUCUUUACUAAGUGCUUCACUCAUACAAUUUACGAUCCUCAUGCGAGUAGAAUAAAGCGAUUAUUGUCGUUUAUUCCAUCGUUUUUGCUGUUUAAUACCGAAAUCCUCAACAAAGCACUUCAUGAGCAGAAGAAGCUACAAUUCAUCCUAACGGAUUUUUAUGCAAAAGUGCCUAACAGCUCUGCAAAUGUGGAGGCAUCACCUACAAAGGAAGAAAUUAAAAAACGCACCACUCAGCUUUUGCAAAACAUCAACAAUUCUCUUCUUCAAGAUCAGAAUGCGGUUCAGGGAAUCUAUUCCCUCAGCCUGCCUUUGUUUUCCUUAGCCUUGCCGCUGGUGAAUUACGAACGUGAGCGAGUGAAGGGCCUCCUGGUUAACAACGAUGGUGCGAACCAAGCCCAGCAGGUUAAAAUGAAGCUUCUGACAAAAAAGCUAUCACGGCUAAAAGAGUGGACUCAGGAUUUGGUGGCGUCCUACAGUCAGAUCCAAAAAUCCGAGCGAAAAGGAAAGUCAGUGAAGGAAUCGAAAAAGCCCGAAAAGGGGCCGGAGCAGGUGCUUAUGGUGUGUUUAUCGCUUAUUGCGGUUUAUCGUCUUGGCUGUCAUGCGGGGUUGCCGGCGAUGGAGGUGCUGCCGUCACCUUCCACGGGGAUGCUGACGCGCGCGACCGGCUUGGUGGCGUCUGAUAUCCCGUGGCGUUUUUACACCAUCAUUCGUUUUGUAUUCUUGUCGGGAGCUGUUUUGUAUCUCCUUAUGGCGGUGAAGUGGUGGGCCUUGAAAGCGGCCCUCCGAAGUGCCCCGUCUUACCGCGGCGCCCACCGGGAGCGCAGCAUCAAAAAUAGAAUCUACCGGUUCCUCUUUCUAUCGCUCAAAAUAGGUGAGGAAUGGCUACCGCUGCUGCUUCCGGUUUUCGGGUAUGUUAUUUGGAAGUUCAAUGCCACGAUUUCCCCAACGCUUUUGGUAGAGUGCAUGUGUCCAUCGCAACGUGUGAUGGUGAGUUUCCUAGCUUGGGGUAUUCUAACCAUUUCAAAAAAAUUGUGUUUAGGAAUGCAUAGAUUACCAAGUUUAAUUGAGAAACCUUCCCUACAUUUAUCCACAAAGGGAAAAAAAUAUUAA